AUGAGUGAAAAACCGAAAUUAGAUUUAGGAGUUUUGGAGGAAGAUGAUGAAUUUGAAGAAUUUCCUGUAGAAGACUGGACUGGAAAGGAAAAGGAUGAACAAGAUAUCAGUGUCUGGGAGGAUAAUUGGGAAGAUGAUAAUGUUGAGGAUGAUUUCAAUAAACAGCUUAGGGCACAGUUGGAGAAACAGAAGGCCAAACCUCCAGCAAAAUGA